AUGGUAAAAGAAGGGGAGAUAGACAAAGAAGAGUUCAAGAAAGUAAUGGCAUUGAUGCGGUCCUAUAACAGACAAGGAGCUGCCCAUAGGCAUGGCUUACGUACAGGAUUUAAAGUUGGCCAGUCUGUGGAAAAUGGUGGGGUUGUUGAGUAUUUCUUUGGUAAUGAUGGGAAUGAACCUCUACACUUUGAUAAAUUCACAAGUUUUUUGAAGGAAUUGCAUGAAGAGAUUAUUCGUCUGGAAUUCAGUCAUUAUGAUGUCAAGUCGACAAACACUAUCCCUGCAAAGGAUUUUGCACUGUCCAUGGUGGCUUCUGCUGACAUGAAUCACAUUAGCAAGCUACUUGAUAGAGCUGAUAUGUUGGGCAAUGACCCUUACCUCAAGGACUUGCGCAUUACCUUUGAGGAGUUCAAGGCAUUUGGUGAUUUACGUCGAAGAUUGGAAUCAUUGACGAUGGCUAUAUUUGCUUAUGGUCAAGUAAAUGGGCUGUUGACAAAGCAGGAUCUGAAGCGUGCAGCACAUCAUGUCUGUGGUGUUGAAUUAACCGACAGAGUGGUGGACAUCAUUUUCCAUGUGUUUGACAUGAACAAUGAUGGGCACCUGAGCUCAGAGGAGUUCCUGAGAGCACUACAAAGACGAGAAGCCGAUAUUCAUCAGCCAGCGGCGCGAGGAGGUCCCAUGGGCUGGCUGAACCCUAAAAACCGUUCUUCGCUCCUGCAGAUGCUGCGCUAG